CCAAAAAAACCUAUCGCGCCAGUCUCGUGCCAAUAUUACACUAGUUAGACAUUAAAAUUGUUAUGACAUGAGUAAUAGGCCUAUCUUACACUGGUGUGCAAUUUAUAUGUUCUCACCAUGUUACUAGAUUCAUCUUUUUUGGCUGGAGCAACAACAUUUUCCCUAAAUAUGCAUAUGAUAGUAUUAAAUAUUGCUGCUUUCAUAUGACGUCAUAAUGUCAUUAAAGAUUCGAGUUUAUAACGAGCCCACAUUCCAUUUUCAAAGAUGAGUCUCAAAGAAAGCUUUGUGGGCGUUUCGUCGGUAAAGAAAAUUGCCUUCGUCAUUUUGCUAUUUGCUCAAAUGUCCAACUGGAUAGCCUUUACCACUGCCGAUUGGGGUAGACAAAGUAAUAGUUUUGAAUGGAACAACCUAUUCACUGGAAUCGGUUUAUGGAGAUCAUGCUCAAACGGCGCAGACACUGCUGUAGUGCCAUGCCAAAUGCUGGAUGGAACAAGAAACGACUUGUAUGCUUCCAUACAGGCUUUUGCCACAUUCGGUUUUGUUGGCAUCAACUUGGCGUUCUUUAUCCUCUUACUGCAAAUUUUCUUUGACAAGUGUAAAUCUGUUAGCGACACUGUCAACGGCGUCAUUUGUUUCCUUGCGACGGGAUGCUAUUUGAUAGCAGUGAUACAAUUUGGUGUUUAUUUUGACACCAGCUUCAUAAAUAAAAGGUUCGGCUUUUCCUUCAGUUUUGCGAUCGUCGCAUUCAUCCUGUCAAUGAUUGCAGGCAUACUAUUCAUCAAGGACAACAUCAAACUUGAUAAAAAGAAACCCCAAACUUAAAAAUGAGUCGAAAGCAAAACUGUCGAAGGCAGGCAGUGAAAAAUGCAAACAAAAAGUGUUAAGGGCAUUCAAAUAUUACGUAAGGCUCGAGGGGUGGGUGUAUAUCCAAACAUUAUAUAGCAUUACAGAGGGUGGGUGGGUGUACUAUAUAUAUAUAUAUAGUUGUGGGGUUUUGUUGUUGUUGUUGUUGUUUCAUAAACGCUCUGUUACGGCGACUGUUUAAUGUAGCUAGUUAUAUUAAUGAUUAUAAAUCGAGCUGAAAUGCGUAUCUGCGCUUUCCCAAAUCACAAAACAGCACAUUAAAAUUAUAUUACACAGAUAGCAUGACUUGUUUGUGAAUGGGAGGGGUGAGGUCUCCAAGCGUUACGUAAUAUUUUGGGCGUGUAUGCUCUAACGUUACAGGGAGAGGGAGGGGUGUCUACUUUUGACAGAAAUAGCGUUACGUAAUAUUUGAACGGCGCCUAAACUUAAUGUACAAGUGACAUUUUAUGUCUAGCUUAAGAAGACCCUAAUGCUACAGUCACAUGUCCACCGAUUCGGGAUAAGACGCCUGUACGGGCCCAAAUUUCGGAGGGAAUUUGCAAAAUCUCACGGCGGCCGCAAGGGUGCCGUGGCUAUCCUGCGGGCGCCUUGGCGUUCUUUCCUCGCCGUAGGGCGCAUCGGAAGCUUUUAACGCGGAGUUAAAAGUUCCCGAUGUGUCGUAGAAAUUUGUAUUGGCCGUAAACCCGUAGACACGUUGUAUACAGCAUCGCACGGACCCAGUACGGCUCCCGCAACAUUCGUACGGAUGCCGUACGAUUUUGAGAUUGAAUUUCGGGCCACUAAAAUCGUACGGCACCCGUACGAUUUCCAAGAUCAUCGUACGAGUAUCUUACGAUGUCCGUGCGAGUCCCUCACGAGCCCCAUACGAUGUGAAAAAUCGAACAGGUAUCUCACGGCACCCGUCCGACUGCCGUGCGGCGUCCGUAGGAUUAUCCUGCGGUAUCCUUGCAGCUUCAAAGGGUACUGCGCGGGCCUCGCUGAAUAUGUGACUGCUACGCACGGAUGUCGCAGACCCCUGCGAUACCCUCGAUUUCCCCAAAUCAUAGAAAUCCGCCGUAGGUAGGGAAAUCCGUACGGGGCCCGGUGGAUAUGUGACUGUAACAUAUAUUAAUGUCUCUUUAAAAACAUUCUAAGUAUCCCCCUUGUUAAUUUAAGACAGCCAUGGUCCUGUUAAUUCAUAUUGUGGCCUAGAAUUAAAAUGCUAGUUCAUUGACUACAA